AUGCCGUCCGACACGCCUCCCAGUCCCGACGCCGGCGACACCAGCCAUCUGCCGUCCUUCUACUCUCCGCGCUCGACGCCCGCCGACGCAGCUGCACCCAGCAGCCACGGGAGACAGCCUCCGCAGCAAGUCGACGAGCUCUGCCUCUCGCAAGAGAGUCCGCGGUCGCAGUCGCAGUCGCAGUCGCAGUCGCAGUCGCAGUCGCAGUCGCAACCCCCUCCGCCAUCCUUGCUGUCCCCCGCCUUCACCCCACCGCAGACUCCCGGAUCGCAGACGCCCACGAGAGCCGGGCCACGCGGCGUCCCAGUCGACAGCUCAAUUCCCGACGGCGGAUGCGGCAACAAGAGGCCAAAGUUGCUCCGGACGCUGCCCACGGUGCAAUGCAUUGUCCGCGCGCGCAUCCCCACCGUCACGGGCACAGAAAUGUUCCUCCACCUGUACGCCAACGACGUCGACGACAAGGAGCAUCUGGCCAUCGUGUUUGGCAACCACAUCCGAAGCAAGAGUCUCGAUGCCCGCCGCGAGGGAGAAACCGAGAUGGACAGGAUGAUCCGGGGCGCCUACACGGGCAGGCUGUUCCCGGGCCGGACAACCAGCGGCACCAACGCCAGCCAUGAAGCGCCCGCCGCGCCGCAGCAGCAGCAAAGCGCUCAGCAACCGCCGCCGCUGGUGCGGAUCCAUUCCGAGUGCUAUACCGGCGAGACCGCCUGGUCGGCACGCUGCGACUGCGGCGAGCAGCUCGACGAGGCCGCACGCCUCAUGGGCAUGCCCGGCAACACCUCUGGCGGCAUCAUCGUCUACCUCCGCCAAGAAGGCCGGGGCAUCGGCCUGGGCGAGAAGCUGAAGGCCUACAACUUGCAGGACCUGGGGUCGGACACGGUCGAGGCCAACCUGCUGCUGAGGCACCCCGCCGAUGCGAGGAGCUACGGGCUGGCCACCGCCAUGCUGCUGGAUCUGGGGCAGCAGCACGUACGUCUGCUGACGAACAACCCGGACAAGAUUCGCGCCGUCGAGGGUCCGAACAGAGAGGUCGUCGUCAGGGAGAGGGUGGCCAUGGUGCCGCUGUCCUGGAAAGGCAAGGGUGGCUUCAGCAGCCAGGAGGUGGAAGGCUAUCUCAAGACCAAGGCACGUUGGAGUGAAAUUGAAAAGAUGGGCCAUAUGCUCGACAGGGAGCGGCCCACGUAA